AUGAGUGACGUGCAAGAGUCUGACUGUGAAGAUAUUCACUGUCCACCAGGACGAGACUAUAACACGUUCAUGCAGGAGACAGCUGGGAUCCGGCAGCUUUACGAAGCCGGAGUUCCGUUUUUCACAAAGGAACAACUCCAGGAUCUUAGUAGGCAGCUUAAGCAAGCAGAGACCUCUGAUAAGCCAGAGAUACUCAUCAAAGGACUGGAGGGCACGGAAGAAACCUUUGAAGUCAAGACUGGCGUCACCAGGGCUGGGUCUGAACCCGGCACAGAAUGGGUUCUCAAAGCACCAGCUAUCGAAUACCGCACCUUUGGUUUCCUCACCUCGUACAGGGCAUACCAGAUGGACGGCUUUAGUGACCUUAGCCUGAGGGUCCUCCACUACAUGGAGUUGCGCGAUGAAGUUACCAAAGAGCUACUACCCCGGUUUCGCUACGUUGUGGAUUCGGUCGAUAUAAUCACGAAUUCUUUUACAUCCUGCAUCCAGGCCUGGGAAGCGAGCGAAUCCUACGCCCAACUACAAAAGACCGUCGAAUCGCGUGAGAACUUUCCUCUAAUCACGAAAAUAGUUGCCCUUGCUUUGGGCUCUAUGCAGCCUCGUUCCCUUGACAACUGGGAUCACAGGUCUGAGUAUCAGCAUGCCUUGGCCUUGACAUUGCGUGACAUCGUGGGUAAACGUCAGGGUGAGACCUCUGGGAAUGUACAAUGCUACGUACAGGACCCUGCCUACACCGAGGUUGACAAGUCGAUUCUCAAGACAUAUGAUAUUACCAUCCUAGAAGAUCCAGAUGCUUUCGUGGAGAUCGAUGGUUCUACAAUUGUCUUGACCUUCGCACCGGAUGUGCCUGUCAGACAAAUCGUUGCCGACAUCGCUCGACCUGCUAUGAUGAUUUGGAAUACAUGUGAGGAAGAGAGAUGGGUGCAUAAUGGUCGUGAACAGUUCAUCCUGGAAACUCGGAACUCAAGUCAAUGUAUGCACACCUAG